AUGUCUGCAACCACUAUGAAAGCGCUCAACUAUCUGGGUCCGUACAAGGUUCAGGUUGAAGAUGUUGAGAAGCCGAAGUUGGAGCAUCCAGAUGAUAUCAUUGUCAAAGUCACCACGGCCGCGAUCUGUGGCUCAGACUUACACAUGUAUGAAGGUCGAACGGCCGCAGAGCCUGGCAUCACCUUCGGCCACGAAAAUAUGGGAAUUGUUGAGGAGCUUGGUGAGGGAGUGACACUACUGAAGAAAGGCGACCGCGUGGUGAUGCCGUUUAACGUUGCCGAUGGUCGGUGUCGCAACUGCGAGGAAGGGAAAACAGCUUUUUGCACUGGUGUCAAUCCGGGAUUUGCCGGCGGUGCCUAUGGUUAUGUCGCGAUGGGUCCUUACCGCGGAGGCCAAGCACAGUAUAUCCGAGUUCCAUAUGCAGAUUUCAAUGCUCUCGUAUUACCUCCUGGAAAGGAACACGAAGCGGACUUCGUUCUUCUCGCUGACAUCUUCCCGACCGGUUGGCACGGUGUUGAGAUUUCUGGCUUCCAAGCAGGUGAAAGCAUCGCUGUCUUUGGAGCAGGCCCAGUCGGUCUUAUGGCAGGCUACUCGGCAGUUUUGCGUGGCGCGUCAAACAUCUACGUGGUAGACCGUGUUCCUGAGCGACUCGAAGCAGCCAAAAAAAUAGGCUGCAUUCCGAUCGAUUUUACACAGGGAGAUGCUGUUGACCAGAUCAUCAAACACAAUGGCGAUAUGGUAGAUCGGUCGGUCGAUGCUGUGGGAUACCAGGCUGUUGACUCCAAUGGAUCUUCCGAGAAGGCGAACAUUGUUCUCGAGAAUAUGAUUCGUGUGACACGGGCUUGUGGUGGCUUGGGUAUUCCGGGACUAUAUGUGCCCAGUGAUCCCGGUGCCACCGAUGCUGCUACUGCCAACGGGAUGAUCAGUCUCAGCUUCGGAAAGCUGUUUGAAAAGGGUCUAUCUCUCAGCACUGGACAGUGCAAUGUCAAGGCAUACAAUAGGUACUUGCGAGACAUGAUCAUUGCUGGUAAGGCCAAGCCUAGUUUUGUGAUUUCGCAUGAGAUUGGGCUUGCCGAUGCCGAGACUGCUUAUGACAAGUUUGAUAAAAGAGAGGAUGGGUACACGAAGGUUAUCAUCCAUCCGAACGGAGGUUUCUAA